AUGGCUCCCACGCGGCAGAGGAGCCGGCACUCGGAUCAGUCCACGGCCUCGGCCAAGAGCCGUGACGACGCGACCGGGGGCAGCAAGGUCCCUCUCAAGGGCAGUCCGUCGACGCCUCGCCACAGAAGCCCCGUCAGGAGGCCCAGGAGGGGGAUCAGCCUACUGCAGAAGCAGGCUCUGAUAGAUAACCUGCAACUAGAAAUCACAGAACGCGCUCGGAGGUUGCGGGCGCAAUACCAUCUACAGGCCCAGGGCCUGCGAUCGCGAAUAGAGAUACGAGUCAAUCGGAUCCCCACGUCACUGCGCAAAGUCAAGAUGGGUGACUUGAUCCUCAAGUGCCUGGAGCAGGAGCGAAAUCGGUCAGCAGACGGCCGGCCACCACCGUUGCUGGCUAAAGAAGCUCCUCGCUUGGCUCCUCAAAAGCUUGCUUAUGGCGCCUCGCGCUCGCAGGCGCCUGAACGCAACUAUCGUACCGCGCACGGCGAGGUCGCGGGAGACAAGGAGAACGAAAUGGAAAACUCCAAGGGCGAACGAAAAGCCCGACAUCAAGUAGCAGACGCCGGGUCUACUCGCCCUGUUCAGGUCCUUUCGCCCACCUCAUCAAACUCCCGGCUAGCGACCCGCGAUCGUCCCGCGUCGCCGACCAAAUCGCACAUCGCCCGGCCCGGUUCGCCGUUGAAGUCGCACGGGGUGAGCCGGUCUGCCGCCGUGACGAGCGUCCUCUCCAGCAUGGUUGAGAGGGCAAAGGCCGCGCGCCACGGAGGCACGCGAAAAGUCACGGCAACCUCGGAAUCGAGUUCGAGCGGUACGACGACGGCAACGAGGGGCCGGCGGCCCGCAGCCGCUGCUGCGUCCAAGGCUCCCCCACCCUCAACCAGGCCAAUCACCCGCGCCGGCCACCGUGCUAGCGGCACGAGCGAGACCAGCGAGGGUAGCACUGGCACUGUGGUGAGGAAGCCUAUUGCGGCGGCGGCGGCAGCGACGAAGAAGACGACAAUGGGAGCCAUCCGCAAGGGCGUCGCCGGAGGCGGGGCCAAGAAGACGGCGGCGAAGGCUGCGGCCCCGAAACCCCCCAAAACCGGCGGGCGCGUCCUACGGAAGCGAGGCUAA